CAUAUUUAUCACAGAGGCAAACUGGCAUAUGGACUCAAGCCAGGCUUCGGCCAUGGCCAUCCCCGUCCGGAUUGGUGUACAAUAGUGGAUCAGGUAAGAGAGGAAGCCAGGGCUACCGGGGGCUUAAACUCCUUGUCAAUGAGUACCCAAGUAGGCAAAGAAGAAGCCAAAGCCCAAGGCUGCACUUGAUGUACGUUGCUGUCCGUGUGCUCGUCCCAGCCAUGUUAGGCGUCUGGGAUGGGAUCGGGCGUCUGCCGGCCGUUGUCGUUGUGCCUGGAUUGGUGUGGGCGAUAUCGACAUGGUCCACGACCAAAGAGACUCAUGCACGUGCAGGGGACUUUUGCUGCGACAAAGGACGCGAGUGGUCAGCCCCUGCUCCUUCUUAGGUGAGAAGUGACUAUCUCACUGCAUGCCGGGUCGAAGCUGUGGAGCACAAAUGCCUUGAAAGCAGUCUUGUC